AUGAGGAGCCGAAUGAUCAGCAUCUGGGUAAUCGAGCUUCGCGAUUUGGCUUACGAUGUAGAAGAUGUGCUUGAUAUCUUUGCUACAGAGCAAUUGCAGAGGAAGAUCAAAGCAGAAGCUGCUUCAGCUAGCACAAGUAAGGUUCGGAAACUAAUUCCCACUUAUUUCUCUGGCAUCAAUCCGAGAACACUCAAGUUUAAUGCCGAAAUGGUGUCAAAGGUGCAAGAAAAACUGUUAGAUUGCAGAAGAUCUCUGCAGAGAAAAAUCAUCUGGAUACCAAUGGCAACAAAAAGGUUGCCAACGACUUCUCUAGUGAAUGAGAGCAAAGUUUAUGGGAGAGAUGGAGAUGGGCUGGCCAUCUUGGAAAUUUUGAGAGCUAACCAAAGUGAUAAAGAUGUAUCUGUGAUUCCUAUAAUUGGGAUGGGGGACUUGGCAAGACCACCCUUGCACAGCCUGUUCUUAGCCGGGCGUAACCAGAGUUUGAUCUAA